AACUCAGCUGUUGGAGUUUCUGGUUAAACGGAUCACAUUGUUUUCGUUUCUCUUCAUUCAUGAUUAGUUAAUUGUCCUUUCAUUUUCUCCUGUUAAUUGUUUUCUUUUAAUUACCAUGCGUUUAUUAAAAUGCUCUUUUCUUAAUCAAUACUCUUAUUCAAUUUCUUCAACUUCUGUUAAUCGUUUCUUGAAACGUUUCGCUUCAACUGAUCCUCGUAACAAAGCGCCUUUUGUACGUGAUAAAGUUCAUGUCAAUGUUUGUUGUUUAGGUCAAAGUGGACAUGGAAAGACAACCCUUUCGUCGGCCAUUUCCUUAAUCCAGUCGAAAUCAAACUGUGCCAUUUAUAAAUCAGUCGAUGAUAUUGAUAAAUCACCUGAAGAAAAGAGCAAAGGUCAAUCUAUUAUCCCCUGUAAAUUGGAGUUCACAACUAAAUCUAAACAUGUUGUCUUAUCGGAUUUACCUGGAUCUCAGGAUUAUAUAAAGAAUACAAUAUUUGGAGCGAGUGGUUCGGACAUUGGAAUUGUAGUGAUCAAUUGUAACGAAGGACCAACUGAACAAACUCGUAAUCACUUAAUUAUCGCUCGUCAACAGGGUGUUAAACAGCUGAUAGGUUUUAUUAAUCAAUUCGAUGAGAAAACUGACCAUGAGAGUCUUGAAAUCUGUGAACUCGCCACUAGAGAAAUGAUAACCGAAGAAGGUUUCAACUCGAACAGUGUUAAGUUCAUCUCUGGAUCGACAAUCGCAGCUCUUAACAAUCAACCCAAUGGAAUCGAAUCAAUUGAAAGUCUAGUGUCCACUUUAGAAUCACUUACCAAUCCCGAAAGGAAUUUAAAUUGUCCAGGAUUGUUUUACAUCGAUAAAAUAUACAGUCCACAAGGUCGAGGAACCGGAGUUACUGGUACCAUUAAUCAGGGGAAAUUGGCCAAAGGUCAAAUCGUCGAUUGUAUUGGAUUUAAUCGGCACAUAAAGACGAAAAUUAAUUACAUUGAAUGUUUCAACAAAGUAUUAGAAGAAGCCGUUGAUGGAGAUUCAGUUGAAAUUGUCCUUCAAGGAGUAAAGAGAGAUGAUAUUAUCAGAGGUAUGACAAUCUGUCCAUCGGGUGAAUUUAAUCAACAAAACAACAUUCAAGUUCAAUUACAACUUCUCAAGUCACAAUCAACUCACCAAAAAGUUGAAGCCUUAAUUACCACAAAUCUUGUUAAUUUACACUUUCAAACGGGUGAUUUACUGGGCCAGGUAAUUUUAUCCAAAGACAAAGAUUAUUUAUUACCUGGUUCAAGUGAUUUAGUUGAAAUUAAAUUGCUUCGAUCGUGCAUCUUAUUGGAAGGUCAAUCGUUAAUCUUUCGUGACGGUGAUCAAAUUAUUGGAUUUGGUGAAAUAACCAAACUUUUGGAUCCAUUAACUACAGUGGAACAGCAAAAACUAAUCAAAGGCCGAUCAAGAAAAGAAAAGGAACAAUUUAAAUUGCUUGUUGAUAAAAUUCAAAGUCAAUUAAACCCAACAAUUUAAAUCAAUCAUCGAGGUAACUGAUUAAUCUCAACAGUUUCAUCAUCAUCAUCACCAUAAUAAUGUUGAUUGAUCUUAAAAGAAUCAACCAAAAGUAAUCAAUUUCUCUCUCAAUCAAAUCUUGUCAAAACAAUCAAUCAAUUGUAAUCAACUAAUUAACCAAAAAACAAAAAAAAACUUUGAUUAA